AUGGGAGAUACCGGUGUUGUCAAGUGUCCGGGAAACUUAGACCCUAUGGCACAAGAGUUCCGGCCAAGAAGCCCGUACAACCACUUGACCCUGGUUCAGCCUCAUAUUUACUAUCCUUGCCCUUCUCCUCCAUACUCGUCCAGUGAAGUACAGGUCAUGCCCUUCUGCGACGACGCUGGCAUAGCGUACCCCCAGUUCCCUACUCCACUGGCGUACGUUAGCACUGCCGGCGCAAACCCUCCUCUUCCUCCGCGGCUUCCUCCGCCCUCCACGACCCCGUCUCGGACGCUGCUUCUGAGCUCUGUCCCCACCGACGUCAGCGAAUCCACGGUGAGGAGAGAAUUGGAGGUGUUUGGGGACGUAAGGGCCGUCCAGAUGGAGAGAGUGCGUGAUGGAAUCGUGACCGUCCAUUUCUAUGACUUGAGAGACGCACAGGCGGCCAUGGUGGAGAUUCGAGAGCAGCACAUGCAGCAGCAGAGCAGGCUGAGGAAGCACUUCGAGGCCUUGUUGACGCACAAUUGGUCCAGUUACGAGGCCAAUAAUUUGGUGGGCCCACUACCUCCGCCGGCGCGUGGACUCAUUGCUGGCCGCGCCGUGUGGGCCCAGUUCAAUGUUCCGGUAAUGGCCGCCGUCCCCGGCGGCGACAACCAAGGGACCCUCGUAAUAUUCAAUUUGGACCCGCAGGUCUCCACUGCCAGACUUCAAGAAAUUUUUGAAACUUUUGGUGCUGUGAAGGAAUUGAGGGGUACGCCAUUGAAGCGGCACCAAAAGUUCAUAGAAUUCUACGACAUAAGAGAUGCAGCCAAGGCUUUUGCGGAGAUGAAUGGAAAAGAAAUCAGUGGGAAAUAUGUCCUCAUCGAAUUUAGUCGCCCUGGAGGCCAUAGCAAGACCAAAAGGUUCCCGCCAAAAGCCACACAUAAUACAAAUAAUAAUUUUGAUUCUACAACCAAUUACCACCCAUUAACAAACUCACACUCCAUGUCACCACCACCGCCACAUUUGCCUAUAUCCGUUAGCAGCACUGCCGCUAACGUACUGCCGCCGACUCCGACGCGUUGCUACCCGAAGAAAUUGAAUGUAAAUGGUGAGAGUGGUAGUGUAGAAGCUUCAAUGGGUUCAUUGUGCAUUGGUGGUGCAGUUGGGAAUGGAAAUGAAGAGAGUAACAGUAGUAUUAGCACCCAAAUAGGAGUAAAAAAUUCAAAGAAGGGUCAGUAUGCAAAAGCUAGUAUUUCAAAGCAGCAACAGAAAGAGAGAGUACAGGAGAGCAAGAGAAGUAGUAGUAAGUCAUGGAAGGGAAGACCGUCAAAGAAUCCGGAUCCACGUUUUUUAAUAAACGAAGAUGCGAUUAUGGAAUCGAAUUGCAGAGAUUCCCGGACCACUGUCAUGAUCAAAAACAUACCCAACAAGUACAGUCAGAAGCUGCUGCUGAACAUGCUGGACAACCACUGCAUUCACUGCAACGAGCAGAUUGUUGGCAAUGGCGAUGAGCAAGAAGAGCCUUUGUCAUCCUACGAUUUCAUUUACCUCCCCAUUGAUUUCAUCAACAAGUGCAACGUGGGAUAUGGGUUCGUGAACAUGACCUCCCCACAGGCUGCAUGGAGACUCUACAAGGCCUUUCACCAUCAAAACUGGGAGGUCUUCAACUCCAGAAAAAUCUGUGAAGUUACCUAUGCCAGAUUACAGGGUUUGGAAGCAUUGAAAGAGCACUUCAAGAACUCAAAGUUCCCGGGGGAGGCGGAGGAUUACAUGCCAGUGGUGUUCUCGCCACCUCGAGAUGGGCGGCGCCACUUGACGGAGCCCAUUCCCAUAGUUAACCGCCCCAACUCUCCUCGUCACCUGUGUGGUUAUAAGGACUUAGAUCAUAACAAUCAUGAUGAGAUGGACGGUGGAGAUAGGCCACAAGAAGAAGAAGAUGAUGAUAAUGGCAAUGAUGACAACGAAGACAACAAGUAA